CCGUGUGCGCCAGCCCGUGGUGGUGUCUUGCCAUGUCCGCGUCCGUCGCUGUGUCGCUGUCUAUUGCCAUCCAAAGCCGGUCUCGACGUUAUAACCCGACCCGCGCCUUCCGGGUCGUCCGUUUCGAGUCCCUCGUCGUUUCGGCAUCCCAUCCCACUUGAUCUGCAUCUCUCCAGCCAAUCCCUCCUCUCCGUCAAAUCAUGAGCUCCAGGCAGAAAAAGUGGGAGUCCACCGCCGAGGUCUGGGGAAAGUACCAGUCCAUCACCACCGCGUUUAUUCUCAUCGAUGGUGGUGUCCACAGUCUCUUCUACUCCUGGCCCUUGGUCGACAGCCUCCGCAGCCUGAUCCCGUCGUUUUUCACCCCAUUCAGCAUCCCCGGCGUGGCUGCCAUCGUCUUUGGCGUGCUCCUCCUCCUCCUCGAGACGCUGCCGUUUCUCAAGCCUGUCAACGCCGCCAUGAACUUUUGGCCAAAGAUCAUCCUCUUUCUCCUCGCCGGCGCCUUUGUCAUCCUCCAGUUCUCCAACAUCUGGGGUGCCUCGGCCCUGCUCAUCACCUCCAUCACAUUCGGAAUCGCUGCGUUUUCCAAGGAGCCGCCUCGUGAAGACCGGGGCCGGAAGUAGAUGAUCUUGGCUGCUGGUGCCAUUGUCGCUGUCGUGAAUCUGCCUCGCCAGAAGCCGAGUUCGGACUCUUCAAGCAGCACGGAUGCGCCUAUUGUCAGCAAGGCUCCAGCAACGGAUAUCUCCAAGCGCCGUCCAAACAGCAAAGUACUCCUGUGGUGUACACAUUGCCAAACAACGUCUGCUUCUACGCAGCCCGAUUUUGCUCUCGAUUUUCUGCGCUCGUUGAACUCGCGCUCUCCCACCUUCUGCCAUGUCCCUUUUUGUACACUUUGCGCCCAUGCACCGACCUUUGCGCCAGCAACACUACUGGUGGGUGUGCUGGUACGGUGCUGGUACGGU